UUCCUCUCUUUUUUCUUCUAUCUUUAUGUAUUUGACAAUUGGUUGGAAACACCUGCGUAAUCAGUUUCAAAUUACAUUUUGAAUUUUUGAUUGUUCUGAAGUAUGCAGUUUGGUAUUUUUCUUAAGGUCUUACCUCUGUAUUAAAAAGAUUUUAAAUCAAUUCCUAAAGUGUUGGAAAAGUGUCGAAAGAAAAAAGCUAAAAUAAAAUGGAAGGAACCGAUGUUCUGCACGUGGAAAUCUGUCAAAAUAUCGACAGCACACUUUCUAUAGAAAAAAUAGAGAAUUUAGUAUAUGCUGAAAUAAAUGCAUUAGAGGAUAUUGCUUUAGAUACCAUUAUGUAUGGAAAAGACCUGGCAAACUCUACUUUACAGACUCAUAUUGAUUCUAUAAUAUGCACUUGCAGUCAUGGAGAGAGAACUCACAUGAAAGUGCAAGGAGCUACUCUAAAGUUUCAUGUAUAUAGAUUAACUGCAGAGUUUGCAGCUACAGAGACAAUGGAAAAUGACGGAGAAACUCUUGCAGCCUCAUCCCAUUGGGUAUUACCAUCACAAGAAUUUCAUUAUUUAUGGGAGAGCCUUUAUUUUGAUUCCAACAUAAAGGAUAACCUACUUCACUUUGUAGAAACAGCAAUGAUAUUUGCAGACCAUAAUAUUAAUACUAACAUCAUAAGUUGGAACAAAGUGGUACUAUUACAUGGGCCACCAGGUACAGGAAAAACUAGUUUAUGUAAAGCCCUUGCUCAGAAGGCUGCUAUUCGUUUAGGUAAUAGAUUUACACAUGGCGAAUUUGUUGAGAUAAAUAGCCAUAGUUUAUUUUCAAAGUGGUUUUCAGAGAGUGGUAAAUUGGUCGUGAAAUUAUUCAAUGAAAUAAAAAGUCUUUUAGAAAAUCCGCAAGCAUUAGUUUGUGUCUUGAUCGAUGAGGUAGAAUCCCUGGCACAUAGCCGGAAAUCUUAUAAUAAUGGAUCGGAACCCACUGAUUCCAUAAGAGUAGUGAAUGCCUUAUUAACGCAACUAGAUCAAAUAAAACGAUAUCCAAAUAUUUUAAUUUUAACAACUAGUAAUUUAUCAGAGGCCGUUGACAUAGCAUUCGUCGAUAGAACAGAUAUGAAGCAAUAUAUUGGACCUCCUUCGCAUCAAGCUAUAUACAAAAUUUAUACUUCCUGUCUUAAAGAAUUAAUGAGGACAAAACUAAUGGAACCAGAAGAAAUUUAUGAUUUAUCAUGCUUAAAAAAGAUGGGCUAUGAAGAAACAUUUCAGACAAAGAACAGUCUUAAAUUAAUGGAGCUCAGUCAAGAGAGCGAGAACUUAAGUGGACGAGUUUUAAGAAAAAUACCAUUUUUAGCUCAUGCUUUCCAUUUGAAAACAAAAAAGUGUACUCUAAGUCGAUUUUUAAGAGCCAUGCACAUAGCGAUUGAAAGAGAAAAGGAAAAUACAGAAGAGAUAUUCUAAGAGGUAUUUUUCUCUAAUUCUUGGACCCUUUUUACUUUUCUAAUGUACUUAGUCUUAACUCGAUGAAAGAUUUAGUAUUUUAUUUAUUUAAUACUUUUCAUACCAUACAU